UCUCUCUCUCUCUCUCUCAAACCUCUCUCUACUAUGGAGCUCGCAACGCCUCCACCCGCCGGCACUGUAACCACAUCGCCCCGCCCGCCAAUCGUACCCUCGAAGCUCCGUCUGAUGUGCAGCUACGGCGGCCACAUACUCCCUCGCCCUCACGACAAAUCUCUCUUCUACGCCGGCGGCGAGACCCGCAUCGUCGCCUUGGAUCGCCGCACGACCGCCGCCUCACUCUCGGCGCUCUCCGCCCAUCUCUCUCGAGCCCUCCUAAACAACCGCCCUUUUCUCCUCAAGUACCAGCUUCCUAGCGAGGACCUCGAUUCGCUAAUCUCCGUUCUAACCGACGAGGAUCUGUCGAACAUGCUGGAGGAGCACGAUCGGAUCGAUCCACCCGCGCGCAUCAGAUUGUUCCUCUUCCCCAUCAAGCCCGAAUCCGUGGGGUCGGCCCUGCUCGACCCCAAAUCAGAUACCUGGUUCUCAGAUGCUCUAAAGAGCACGGGUGUUUUGCAGAAGGGGCAAUCUGCGGAUUCCGGUUUAUUGAUGAGCAUUGUGCCGGAUUUGGAGACUCCAUUGGAGAGUGGGUGUAUGGGCGGCGGCGGUGGCGAGGGUAAGCUCAGUGCUGAGUCAUUGGUUCUGGAAACGAGUUCAUCAUUUGGGUCAACUAGUUCUUCGUUUUCCAUGUCCAAUUCGCCUCCAAUUGGGAUUAACCAGUGCGAUGAGAAGGGAGUGAAGCUUGACAGGAGCAUCAGGGUUCCUUCAUCUGCCUCAAUUGAAAGUGAAAUAAGGCUUGCAAGUUUAUCAGCCCCACCACCAAAACCCGGAUUCCUUCAAGAGCCACUGAUUCAGGUCGAUCAAGACGAAUCAUCAGAAAAUCCUGUUUCUGAAGCUUCACUCAAUAUAACAUUUCAUAAACCAACUCAAGUAAUUGGAUAUCCUAUAUCACAGCUACCUGAUGGAAAAAAGCAACAAUCUGAAACACAGUUGAUCCAAGGAGGUUUGCAUUAUAUACCUCAGUAUCCUGGUCCAGUGCAAAUCCCACCUUACUAUCCUCUGUACCAAACACCAAUACACCCACAGCAUAUAUCAUGCCCUCCAAAUCAGCCCUAUCCCAUAUAUUUGGUGCCGGUUACACCUUCCCAAUAUCCUAAUAUGUCAAUGCUGUAUAAUUCCUCGGAUGCCAAUACUACAACUACUACUUCAGUUCUUCCUCCUUUGCAUCCACAGGCAACAUUGCCAGCUCAACCAAAAGUUUACCCCACUGCAACACAAUUAGUUGGUUUACCUUCUGAUCAAGGUCUAGCUGAGGGCCCUCCUGAGCCACAGACUGCUUUGGAAUCUGUUAACACAACUGCUUCUGAGGGCAAUGAAUUUGAAGAAGAUAUUGUGUACAACCAAAUAUACAAAACUCAGCCUUUGCCACCUGUGGUGACACCUCAGAACCAAAUGAUGACAACAGGAAUGAAGCUUGUGGAACCUUCUGUCCAGUUUCAGCAGAAAAAGCCAUGCUAAGCUGCCGGCACAUCCUUAAUGGGUCAUUAACUGAUGAGAAAUAUUGUCACUUGCUCGUUCUUUUUUUUUUUUUUUAAAUAUAUCUUUUUUUCUGUCUCUAGGUGG